AGGAAGGCGGGGCCGAGAGAGAACGCGGAGCGAGCCGGGGUUCUAACGCCGAGCACAGGGCAGGUUUCCUGGAAACCGGGGUGGCCUCUUUGUUGUGGGUGCUUGGGCCGACUGAAGACGCCAUGGGGUCUGUCCCGCGUCCCGCCCCGACUACCGCGAGGAGGAGGGAGGGCUAGCGGCCGCCGCCGCCGCCACGGGAACGCCUUCCACAGGCCUGGGGCCGCCCCUAUGAAGAGGGCCGCCCCUCGCGCACUGCGGAAGUGUGGGUAGGCGCAAGAGGCACUUGUGGUCGCACCGGAAACGGGCACGGAGGACGAUGGCGGGUCUGGCAGUCCGGGACCCUGCGGUAGAUCGAUCCCUGCGCUCCGUGUUCGUGGGCAACAUUCCAUAUGAAGCUACAGAAGAACAGCUAAAGGAUAUCUUCUCAGAAGUUGGACCAGUUGUCAGUUUCAGGUUGGUAUAUGAUCGGGAGACAGGAAAACCAAAGGGUUAUGGCUUCUGUGAGUAUCAGGACCAAGAAACAGCCCUCAGUGCUAUGCGGAACCUGAAUGGCCGUGAGUUCAGUGGGAGAGCACUUCGAGUAGACAACGCUGCUAGUGAGAAGAACAAAGAGGAACUAAAGAGCCUUGGCACUGGUGCCCCUAUCAUUGAAUCUCCCUAUGGAGACCCCAUCAGCCCUGAAGAUGCCCCAGAAUCCAUUAGCAGAGCAGUUGCCAGUCUGCCACCAGAACAGAUGUUUGAGCUGAUGAAGCAGAUGAAGCUUUGUGUCCAGAAUAGUCCCCAAGAAGCACGGAACAUGCUGCUCCAGAACCCCCAGCUAGCCUAUGCUUUGCUACAGGCCCAAGUAGUGAUGCGCAUUGUGGAUCCAGAGAUUGCACUGAAGAUUUUGCAUCGGCAAGCAAAUAUCCCAUCUCUGAUUCAAGGUAACCCGCAGCCCAGCCAAGGACCUAGUGCGCCAAUGAACCAGCCGAGUACUCCAGCCUCUCAACCGCAGCCCUUGGGUGGAAUGCAUGUGAAUGGAGCUCCUCCUCUGAUGCAACCACCUCUGCCAGGUGGUGUUCCUGCACCAGGAGCACUGCCCACUGCAGGACCUGGGCCUGGCCCCUUGGCUCCUGGAGGUGGGAUGCAGUCCAAGGUUGGAAUGCCAGGUGGUGGGCCAGUAUCCCUAGACCGGGGGCAAGGGACCCUACAGCACUCGCCCGUGGGACCCGCUGGGCCUGCACCAAUUGAGCGAGUUCAAGGUACCCACGUGGCAAUGCCAGACCCCAGAGCCCCUAUGCAACGUGGACCUAUGCCUGCUGGCGGCCCACCUCCCCGAGGUCUUUUAGGAGAUGCUCCAAAUGACCCACGUGGAGGGACUUUGCUCUCAGUCACUGGAGAAGUAGAACCCAGAGGUUACCUGGGGCCACCCCAUCAGGGUCCUCCCAUGCACCACGUCCCUGGCCAUGACAGUCGUGGCCCUCCCCACGAGAUGAGGGGAGGGCCACUGGGAGAGCCUCGGCCUCUAAUGGGAGAGCCUAGGGGACCCAUGUUGGAUCAGAGGGGUCCACCCAUGGAUGGCAGAGGCGGAAGAGACCCAAGAGGGCUGGAGGCCCGAGCCAUGGAGGCCCGAGGCAUGGAUGCCAGAGCGAUGGAAGCCAGGGGAAUGGAGGCCCGAAGUUUGGAAUCAAGGGCCAUGGAGGCUAGGGGCAUAGAUACAAGAACAAUGGAGACAAGAGGCCCUGGCCCCAGAGGCCCAAUGCCUGGGGGACUCCAGGGACCUGGGCCAAUCAACAUGGGAGCAGGUGGCCCACAGGGUCCCAGGCAGGUCCCAGGCAUGCAGGGAUCUGGUCUGCAAGGCGGAGGUCAGCCUGGGGGAUUUAGUCCUGGACAGAACCAAGUUACUCCACAGGAUCAUGAAAAGGCCGCUUUGAUUAUGCAAGUGCUCCAACUGACCGCAGACCAAAUUGCUAUGCUGCCUCCUGAGCAACGGCAGAGUAUCCUGAUUUUAAAGGAACAGAUACAAAAAUCGACUGGCGCCCCUUGAGUGGUUUAUGGAAUGCUCGACAGAAAUCCUGCAUGUCUAGUUUGAUAAUAUGGAGAAGGAUUCAGGAUCAGAAGUUUCUGUAUCCCAACACUUGAAUGACCCUAAGAGGUAGCGGGCAGAGCCUAUGUGACGCCUUCACCAGAAGUAAAAUCUGCUUAUUCUCAUUGUCGGGUUUUGGUUUAUUGGGGGGAGGGGGGUGGGGGUAGGUAUGUUUAGUUUAUAUAUUUUAUGUGAAUUAAAAAUAAAUUUUACCCAGGAUUUGCAUAUACCCCGAAUCAUGAUGUGACAUCCUUUUUGCUUUGAGGUGGGAGCUAGGGAAGUUGCUGAUUUUGCUUUGGUUGAAAGCUGUGGGACAAUUUGCUAGAUUGUGGCUUCUUCUGUUGUCCCUGAGCUAUGUCUCCCAGCUCCAUCUUCUUUUCUAUGUGAAUAAUUGGUUGAACAUUUGUUAAGUGCUACUGUAUGCAAGGCAUUGUGCUGAUCAGUCUUUAAUAUUUACCAGCUGUAUGAUUUUCCAAAACCAGCUCUUUGUGUUCACUCUGUCUCUAGCCAAAAUAACAAGGAUGUAUCUUUUUGGAAACUAUUUAGAAUGUACCACUCUGUAUCUAAUGGGAGAAAAUAAAUUACUUGUGCUGAAGGUGCUUGCUUGGUUGGAGCAAGAAGAUGUCCAGAAAGGCAAGAAAGCAGCGAUACUGUGUUCACUCUGUCUCUAGCCAAAAUAACAAGGAUGUAUCUUUUUGGAAACUAUUUAGAAUGUACCACUCUGUAUCUAAUGGGAGAAAAUAAAUGACUUGUGCUGAAGGUGCUUGCUUGGUUGGAGCAAGAAGAUGUCCAGAAAGGCAAGAAAGCAGCGACAUUGGCACAACAGUAUGUUGCUUCUAGAAGAGUCCAAAUACCACGAUGCAUUUUUAUGUCAACAGCAGAUGGAUUCUUGUACGUCAUUCCGAGCUAAAGCUAAGAUGCUAUGUUUGGUGGUGAUUACAGUAUGUGUCAGUAUCACAGAAACAGAUGGCACUUGACUGUUCUGUUAUAAAGCUCUCAGGUCUUUGGAAAGUCAAUUAAAAACUGGUUUUGAGAUAUU